AUGUCGAGCAGCGAAGAUCAUCACUGGGCCCGAUACAGCCCAAUCAUCGAUAACGAAUCGCACAGUCUGAAAGCGUCCAUGAUCUUGUCCAUGAUCAUCUUCGCCAUAACCUUCCUGCUGGGCGUCCCCGGCAACAGCGCAGUCAUCUGGGUUACGGGCUUCAAGAUAAAAAGCAACGUCUACUCUGUGUGUAUCCUGAACCUCGCCGUGGCCGACCUGAUCGUCUCCCUCACCCUCCCCUGCUGGAUGGUUAACAUUGCUCUCCGAGGGUUCCAGGUCAGAAAUGACAUCACCUUCAAGUUGCUCCUCUUAUCCAUCAGCUUCACAGGGUCCGCCAGCGUCUUGCUGUUGACCGUGAUCAGCAUCGUCCGCUGCCUGUCUAUCACUCAGCCCUUCUGGUUCCGGCUGCAUCUUAGCCAGUGUUGGGCGCGUGUGGCAUGCAGCGCGGCCUGGGCCUUCGCCAUCCUCAUCUGCUUGAUCGCUCUACUACAUGAGAAGCUCGAGCAGUACCAUGGGAAGCAAACCUGGGAUAUGUUGACUGUAGUUUGGGCCGUCGUUAUCUUCGUCAUCCCUAUCCUGAUCAUGGUCGUCUGCUACUUCCUGACUGUCCGGAAAUUGCCCGCGGAUAAGUUCGCCAGGUCCAGGAAAUCCGUCCGCCUCAUCUUGACUGUGGUCGUCGUCUUUAUCAUCUGCUGGCUCCCGUACCACACUUGCAGCGCAGUCGCAUUCUUUUUCAAUAAUUUGAGCACGCUCUGGAAAGAAGUGGCAUUCGGCAUGGCUACUUUCAACAGCGCCCUCAACCCCCUUCUCUACGUCUUCGUCGGCCGCAAAUUCCGCCAGGUUUUCAAACGCUCACUAGCCAAUUCGCUGCAUCUUGCCUUCGCCGAGUUGGAGCCAGAGUUAGAGAACGAUCUUCCUGAUAAUGCUACCACAACAGAGACGGGAGUAUGA